GGAAUUGUGGAACACAUUAAAAACGUAUCAUCAGAAGUUUCGCAGCAACUUGUUGAUACGAUAAAAACACUCACUAAAAACUAUGUAGAAAAGCCCAAAACUAUAAUUGUAGCCACCAUUCCUUGCGAUUCGGAAGACGAACAUCAAGGUAUUCAUAAUAUAAUAAACAAAGUCGAUCCGCACAAAAACCGCACGGUGUUUGUCCUAACAAAACCAGACCGUAUCGAGGCUGAAACGCAUGGAAAAUGGUUACCGAAACUCGAAAAUUUAUCAGGACCAGACUAUUUC